UAACACUGUCCCUGACAGGCUGUAAAAGCAGCCUGGACCUUUAAGAGCAGCAGUUCCCAGUGCAGCUCUUCCUGGGAGCUUGGGAGCAAACAAGGAAAGCCUGAGCUGACUGCCUGAGAGGCAAAAUGAACAUCCAAGAGUAUUUCGGAAGAAUAUCUUACAACAAGCCCCAUACGGAUGCAGACUUGCAAACCUUAACAGCCAUCUUCCAGCAUCACAUCCGGGCAAUUCCUUUUGAGAACCUCAGCAUGCAUUGUGGGGAGAGCAUCGAACUGGAUUUGCAGUCCACUUACAAUAAGAUUGUGCGAAAGAAACGUGGUGGAUGGUGCCUGGAAAUCAACCACCUCUUAUUUUGGGCCUUGCAAGAAUUAGGCUAUGACAUCUGCAUUCUUGGUGGGAAUAGUUAUGAACCAGCAGGAAGGGCAUACACUGCUGAGAUGAACCAUAUCCUGCUGAAGGUGGUGAUCCAGGGAAAUUCCUACAUAGUGGAUGCUGGUUUUGGUGGUGCCUACCAGAUGUGGCAGCCACUGAGGCUGAUUUCUGGGAAGGAUCAAGCCCAGGUCCCUGGAAUCUUCCGCUUCACGGAAGACAAUGGCACCUGGUACUUCGAGAAAGUCAAAAGGAAGCAUUACAUUCCUGAGCAAAGUGAGACUCCUCACUUCACUGACACUCCAGGAGUGGGGAACAUCCGAAAAAUAUACAGAUUCACUCUUGAGCCACGACACAUAAAUGACUUCCAGGAGUUAAACACGUACCUACAAGUGUCUCCAGAUAACAUACUUCGGAAGAAGUCAAUCUGCAGUCUCCAGACCACGGAAGGGCUCAUUGCCUUAGUGGGAUGGACCUUGACUGAGGUGAAGUAUAACUACACAGAGGACACGGACCUGGUGCACAUCACAACUCUUACAGACGAAGAGCUUGAGAAGACACUGAAAGAUAAAUUCAACAUAGUGCUGGAGAACAAACUUGUACCAGUAAAUGUUCGUGGCUUGCCACCUAAUUUAGUGGAUAAGAUCUAAUUCUAGCACUGUGCUAGAUGGAUCUGUAAGUAUCCAACAGAAAAGUUCUAAAAUUAACAUUAAUUACAUUAAUUGAUUCUGAAUUUGAACUAGACACAAAGCUUCAUAAAUUCAAGUGCCUUGCUAGUUAACUGCAUAUACCAUUUGCAUAUUUUUUCUUAAGCUUCUCCCUCUUUGGAAACUAAGACAUCUUACCACCUCUGAUUUGCUGAUUUUGUAUGGAAAUUGCCUUUUGACUCCUUAACAUUUUGUUCCACCCCUCUGGAACUCAUUUUAUUGCAGGUAUAUUUUGUAUCAGAGGAGGCCAAAAUGAUACAGAAGGAGAAGCUGUGUUACCAUUUUACACAGAAGACUUCUAACCCUUUUUGGUGUUACUUCCAGUCUUCUCAGCAGAGUUUUACAAAUUAUUCACUUCCUUUAAAAAUCUAAAAGUAGAGCUGAAUUUGGCUUUCAAAGACUUACUAGAAAAAAAGGAAGGUUAAGAGUUUCUCAAAACAAGACACCAUUAGUGCUGAUUAGGUUAUGAUGAGAUAAAUUGAAAGACUUCAGUCCUAUUCCCUCACCAGGAAUUGACUUAAAGUGAGCUAUUUACACCAAGGCACCUAACCCCCGCCAGAAGCUCUCUAAUUUUGAGCACCCCAUUUUUUCUGAGUCUGAUAUUUCUGUGUCUCUAAAUUUGAAGCAAAAUUCAUAGAAGACAAGCUGAUUCAACAGUUCUUAAAAAUCAGGCUUUUGGUAUCAAAACUGGAAAAAAAUAUCAAAGAUCACCUUUUGCAAACCAUAAUUUAAACUUUUGGGACCAAAUCUUUGUGUGAUGUCAAGAGGGCAUUGACAGUAUUAUAGACAGAACUCUUCCUAUUUAUUACAGGCAGUGCUUUGCACAAAAGCUGCCUUAAAAAGUGAUACCACAGAUGCAAAAGAAAACACUGGGAAGUUAGGACAUGCUACCAGUGUGGUUUCACAGCAUGAUUUCCAUAACAUAAAAGCUUUUUGCCUUAAGAUACCUGGGGCAGGUGCCACGAAGAGCAUCAGUCUUUACCCAAGGAAAAUACUUGUUUUAGUCAACCACACAAGAGCCACAGAGCACCUGAUGUGCCUAAAAUUCAGGUGUUUUCCCAGAUGCAGCCUAAUGUGCUCUUUGCCUUCCCAAAAGGGACUUGCUCUGACAUUCCACCCCCAUCAAAUGAAGGGGGGACGUGCUUGACAGGGAGAGAAUUAAAUAAGGAGCACUGCAAUGCUUUGCAGGAGGAGGAAAUGCAUAACUUUGUGCAAAUAAGUAUUUGUUAGGUGUGGCAGCUCCAAAAUAACUGCCUGCUGCAGCUGAAGAUUUGAACUGAUUAAAGAGGGCAAAGAAGUGUCAUUGUGUGCAUCCAUGGAGCAUGGGAACACCCAGCCUGCAAUGCCUUGGCAAUUCAGUGGACCCACCAGGACACGGAUACCAUCAAGCAUACAAGCUUAACCAUAAUUUACUUAACCAUAAU